CAGAAGUAAGCAAAAUCAAACCCAAAACAGAAAAAAAAUAGAUUUUUUUAGCAUAAUCCCGUUCGAAUCAAAUCUCCUCCUCGUCUCCGAGUUCGCCGUGGCGCGCCUCCUGUCACCCGCCCCCGCCGAUAAAGCCCGUCAAUUUGGCAAAUUCCCAGCGCGAACUCCUCCGAUUCUCGCCGCCCUGCCAAAAGUCUCCAACUCCAAGUCUUCUCCCCCGGUUUUCUCCGCUCGAGCGCGCUGAUUCUUGACCGCUGGUGCGACUGAAGGCGCCAGCUUUUGUCAGUUCCGGCGGCCUGGUGGCUCGAUCCAUUCUUCUUCCUCGUACGAGAUUCGGUGUGGAUUGGUUAUUUUUUUGGUGCGUUGCGUGCGGGCGGGCGGUGGUGUUUCUUCGAAGGCAAGCGAGGGGGGAGGUCGAUUGUUUAAGGGGUGGGGAGGUGGUAAGGUUGAGUGACUGUCGGAGGUGAGGAUGGGGAUGGGGGUGGCGCUGGGCGACCCGCAGGCGGACUACGACUCCAUCGCGGCGGUGGGGCUGUUCGUGGCGCUCAUGUGCGUAUGCAUCAUCGUCGGCCACCUCCUCGAGGAGAACCGGUGGAUGAACGAGUCCACCACCGCCCUCUUCAUUGGGCUGGGAACCGGCACAAUGAUCUUGCUGGCGUCGAGCGGGAAGCAUUCACACGUACUCGUGUUCAGCGAGGAUCUCUUCUUCAUUUACCUGCUCCCGCCGAUCAUUUUUAACGCAGGGUUCCAAGUGAAGAAGAAACAGUUCUUCCGGAAUUUUAUCACUAUUACGCUGUUUGGUGUAGUUGGGACCUUGAUCUCUUUUACUGUGAUAUCCCUGGGUGCUCUUGGACUAAUAUCAAGGCUCAACAUUGGUUCGCUUGAGCUUGGAGAUUAUCUUGCACUUGGGGCAAUAUUCUCGGCAACGGACUCUGUAUGCACCUUACAGGUGUUAAACCAAGAUGAGACACCCUUCCUGUACAGCUUGGUGUUUGGUGAAGGUGUUGUCAAUGAUGCAACAUCGGUUGUGCUGUUCAAUGCUAUCCAGAAUUUUGAUCUCGGCAGUAUCAGUAGCGCUAAAUUACUAAAAUUUAUUGGCAGCUUCCUUUAUCUGUUCAGCAGCAGCACCAUACUUGGAGUAGCCGCUGGACUUCUCAGUGCUUAUGUCAUCAAGAAGCUGUACUUUGGCAGGCACUCGACUGAUCGUGAAGUUUCCAUUAUGAUGCUUAUGGCUUAUUUAUCUUACAUGCUAGCUGAGCUGCUUGAUUUGAGUGGUAUUCUCACAGUGUUCUUCUGUGGUAUCGUAAUGUCACACUAUACCUGGCACAAUGUAACAGAAAGCUCCAGGGUCACAACCAAGCAUGCCUUUGCCACAUUGUCAUUUAUCUCCGAGACUUUUCUCUUUCUCUACGUUGGCAUGGAUGCGUUGGAUAUAGAGAAGUGGAAGAUUGUCCGUGAAACAUACAGCCCGAUGAAAUCUAUUGCUUUGAGCUCCACUAUUUUAGCCUUGGUACUGGUUGCAAGAGCUGCUUUUGUUUUCCCGCUAUCAUUUCUGUCAAAUUGGACCAAAAAAACUCCAGGCGGGAAGAUCUCUAUUAAGCAGCAAGUCAUUGUUUGGUGGGCGGGUCUCAUGAGAGGUGCUGUAUCCAUUGCGUUGGCCUACAAUAAGUUCGCAAGCUCAGGCCAUACUCAGCUCCCAAGCAAUGCUAUCAUGAUCACCAGCACAAUUAGUGUUGUUCUUUUCAGUACAAUUGUCUUUGGGCUACUGACCAAGCCACUGAUCAGGCUCUUGAUCCCGGCAAGGCACCUAUCAAGGGAGCCAAGCGCUCUCUCCGAACCAUCUAGCCCAAAGUCCUUCCUUGAGCAGCUGAUCGCAAACAGUCCCGACGCCGAUCUUGAGAACUGCGUGAGCCUACGCCGCCCAACAAGCCUCCGGCUACUCCUGCAGGGCCCUUCACGGUCGGUCCACCAUUACUGGCGCAAGUUCGAUGACGCCUUCAUGAGGCCGGUGUUUGGUGGCCGCGGCUUCGUUCCCUUUGUCCCUGGAUCGCCUACUGAAAGCAGUGUGCCAUUGCUUCCUGGAACUGAGAACUAGACGACUGUUGCAAAAGGGAGGGAAAUCCAGCAAAAAAAGGAAAAAAAGUUUUGUAAAUUAGCUUCAUUUAGCAUGAUUCAUGUAUAUCUGAGGUAGUAGUGUUCCUGGUAGCUAGUACGUACGUGCUGAUAUAGCCUAGUUGCCGGACCUGUGCAUGGCUGUAUAUAUCAAUCACACUGGUCAAAGCACACUCUUAACUACUUUGUAUCUAUUUUACAUUUCCUCUCUAUACGAUGAUAAAUUAGCCUC